GCUUAACAAAAUAUCAUUUAACCGACAAAUGAAUUAUUAAUAGUCUUCAAGAUAUAAAUAUGCAAAAGGCAUCUGAAGGCAAACAAUUAGAGGCCAUGCCUUGUCUGCAAAGCGAUACCAUUUCAGUCAGAAAUAAAUCAAUUUUAGAUGAAUCUGCUGUCGAGAAUACGGGCAAUGAAUUGGUGUCAAUCGGUUGUAUGCCUCAAAUGAUUAAUGGGAUUUGCUUUCAAAAUGAUGACUUAAUAGACAAUCACUUGUUUUCAAAGAGUUAUGGCCAUACACUCAGAUGCCGAGCUGCAGAUGACAUUAUCACUGAUCAAGAAGUGCAAAGUUUGAGUAAAUUAGGUCUAACUGUGAUUCAGAUGUUAUUAAAAGAAGGAAAUUUUGCCAAAAUAUAUCAAGCGAUUCACGAGUCCGGCACUGAUAUUAUCAUCAAAAGAAGUCUUAUUGAUGGACAAAGUUUUGCCGAAUUAGAGUCAUUGAAAUUGUUUGGCAAUCAGAUCACACACAAGAAUAUCGUCAGAUUUUUUGGUUAUCAUCACUUUGGACAUCAUAUUUAUAUGUUUAUUGAAUACGCAAAUUAUGGUGAUUUGGCUGAAUAUUUGUGGCGUUGGUGUGAUAGCAAAGAUCUCAAUGAAACAACAAUUUAUGAAAUAUUUAGUCAGAUAUGUAGUGGCGUUGAGUACAUGCAUCUCAACGGUUACGCUCAUCGGGACCUCAAAUUGCAAAACGUGUUGGUGUUUGACAUUAAAAAUGAAGAUUCUUUAGUAUAUAAGUUAUGUGAUUUUGGAUCAUCUCGUCGUACUCUUCUGCAAACUGAUGGCUCUAUCAAACUGUCCACUACUAUCGUUGGCUCAUUAAGAACAAUGGCUCCAGAAGUAGCUAUUUGUGAAUACAAUCCAAUAGUGGCCGACAUAUAUUCAUUGGGUGUCAUUCUGUACCAAUUGACACAUUCGGGUUACUAUCCGUUUGAUUUGAGUCCAAGUGUUUGUUCAAUCAAACAAAAGAUUAAAAUAAUAACUCAAAUGAAAAUGUCAUUCAAUAGUCUGAUUAUUAAGAGCUCGGUUUCAAAACAUUUAAAUGAUAUGUUGGUCCGAUUACUUGAUCCAAUAUCCAGCACUCGAAUCACUUUAAAGCAAGUGAUGUCUCAUCCGUGGUUUCUAUCUAAACAUUAGUUCAAUUUAGUUCAAGUAUAGUCAAAUGCUAUUAAAAUUGGUUCAAUAAAAUUUUGUUUUAUUU